CGUUUGAUUGACAGGUGGGUGCAGGCAAAGGCGUGGCCAAACAAGACCAUAAUUACCGGGCGCGCGCCCCCACCGUCACGGUACCAAGCGAAUGCGGGGAUUGUUGUUUUUACACACCGACAGAAGAGCAGUGCGAGCCCAUUGUGUUGCCAUGUGUGGUGUGCUGUGCUACACGUAGUGCGGUGGGACUCUGACUCAGUGGAGGUGUACCGACUGACGGUGAGCGGCUGGCCAGUGUGUACGGAACCGCAGAACGACAAACAGUAACGUCGUCACGAACAUCGCAGCAGGGCGCCGUCCGGACAGGUUGUUUUGGUUUGUUACAGCACUUUUCCUCGUGAUUACGGGAAUCAUGUAGGUUUUGCGUACCCGCCGAGUUGUCUCACCGUGAAGAACACUUAACAACCUACAACAUUGCAGUUCAAUGGUGUAUAAGAACGGGAGGGCAGCAUCCCUUAUUUCGAGGAUCUCCCAGCACGGUGAAGUCAAGACAAUGGCCGUAGGCGCACCGGAGCUGCCCGCCGCGACCGGCCCGAAAUCUGGAGACACCAGCUCCCGCCCGCCGUCAAGAAACAGGAACGCGACUGUCCCGAUUCUCCCGAGAACAGACAAGGUUCUGAACACGAAGAAGGCCGCCUGGGGAAUAGUCACAGAACCAUCAACUAAACCUACGGGUCCACAAGGAAAAACAAAACAUCCGCUGGCUAAGUCGCUCAGUCUUCCGGAGCGGGGAGGAUCGACGCCCAGACUAGGAGAAAGUGGCCCCAAUGCGGGAAACUACUUUUACGACAGGGAACAUUUCUUGAAAACUGGAAGACAUCGUUAUAGACUAGUCACCGACAAAUCUAGCAAGGAGUUCAAACAAGUGGUUGAGGACAUGUUCGUGGAAAAACACGGUUGUCCGGGUACGGUGGAGAAGAAGAAAAUUAACCGGGGUAGAUGGGGCCGGGCCAUGGGACUGAGCACGGCGGCAAUGGGCUUCAAAAAUAUCGCCAAGCUGGGCGCCAACCGGAGAUCUGCCUCAAGCAACAACCUGUUGACAAAGUCCCCUAGGGAGUCACUUCUCAUGCGGGCUACUUCUAAAAUAUUCUCGGUCCCAGAGGAGGUGAAAACUGAUAACAACGAUGUUCAAUUUAGCGAAAAGUUCAAGAAAAGUUUUUACAACGUUAAGGAAGGGAAGGGGUCGCCAAGAUCUGUGACCGACUCGCCGAGACCGCGUCUCCAGCGGAGGGCUUCAGUGCUGAGCAUCGGGAGUCGGCCCCAGAGCAGGGCGUCCGAGGACCGGGUAGACCCGGCUACUCGCGGGUGGAACAUGUUAAAAUCUAGCCUCAGAGACUCCGCGGCCAUGGAAAGGGCCAACAUAAGGACUCCAGCGGACCUGGAGCGGGCUAAAAGUGAUUUGUAUGAGAGAUAUGGAACCCCUACACCAGGGAAAGGUGUAGAGUGAUGGGGUAAAAGGUACAUUCCGCUGGCAUUGCUAUCUACAGACGCGAGACGAAUGCCGUGCAGCGAUUGUUUACCUGCCGGGGAUGGCGACAAAUGGGGCGGAGUAAGACACACAAACUGUCCUGCCGACUCCUUCAACCAAGUCAAUAUCACAGCAACACAGCCUUUAGUCGGACACCCUGCCAAAACAAACCCUUUGUGUUGGUAUCGCUGCUUCUCCAUUCAUGAUGUUUUCCUUGCUCUUCGACUAUGACUGAAUGGUUCGUAUUUGUCAGCGGUUUCAACACAAACUAGAUGGAAGAAAAAAAGAAAAGAAGAAAACGUCUGUCAAUGCCGUGACUGUAUAGGUGCAUAUGUGUGGAACGAAUCUUGACAAGAUGGUGUCGCCCGUUUUCUCAACAUCUGUAAGUUUGUUUAUACGUAAACCUCGUUUCCCAUACCGGGCAGCGCCUGACGGUUAUGUAAAGUUUGAAAAAAUAAAGACCAGCUGUACAGAUUUUAAGACUUGUCGCAAAUAUCUGUCGGUUUUGAUAUUUAAAUCUUUUAUAUGAUAUCUAAAUUUGUCAUAUACAAGCUCUCCCGGCUUUGUAACAGAUGUGUUCGCUCUACUGACAAAGAAAGGUCCUUUGAGGUUUGGACAAAAUAGCUUGUGAGUUAACAAUGGGACAUCUGCGGUAGUUCUUUACUCUCUCUUGCCGUUAUGUGAUAUGAAUGGUACACAGUCACAAGCGGAUCACACAGAUAUAGAAACGCGUUUGGGAUUUUGCAUAGUUUGCCCCUUGUGAAACGUCCUUGCCUUGUCUUAAUAUUUGU